AUGGGGAGCAUCAACCACAGCUCCCAGGACGCCGCUGUGCUGGUGUUCGGGUCGCAGCUCGAGUCCCUCAACACCCAGUCCCUGGACGAAAUUCGCAACACAUUAGUAGACAAGCCAUCGAGACAAUGGGUGUUUGAAACGGUUUCUGGGCUAGCAAGCGUCUGGAAUGCGUUGGCCAGCGCAGAGCCCGAGAUAACCAACACAAUUGGCCAAUUCCGAGGACAGCAACUUCUGGAAGACCUCAGCUCGUGGCUGAGGCUCGGGCCGGUCGAUGGCCAGCAGAAUGCUCUGCUGCGAGACUUCGAAACCUUGCCGAGUAUGAUACUGUCACCAUUGGUCAUCCUCACGCAUAUUGCGCAAUACCGGCGAUAUCUAUCCGAGUUGGGCAAGCAAGCGGGCAAGGACGAAUCAAGCACAGACAUGCAUGCAGAGUUUGUCAACAACAAGAAGACAGCAACACUCGGGUUCUGUAUGGGUAGCGUGAGCGCCUUCGCAGUGGCGAGCGCCGGCAACCAAGAUGAGCUCGACAAUUAUGGUUCUGUAGCGGUGCGCCUAGCUGUAGUAGGCGGCGCGCUCAUCGACGCGCAAGAUGCGUGGAACACGGACCUGGGAUUGGGCCCGUCAAAGUCGUACGCAUCCGCCUGGCGCAACGAAACGCAGCGUGAGGAUAUGUAUCGUAUCGUCGACGGUCUGUUCCCGGAGGCGUACAUCUCGGUGCUUUACGACGAGGCAAGGGCGACGGUGACCACAUCGCAACGCGCAGCCUCGCGACUUCUGAGAAAUCUACGAAAGGUGGGGAUCACUACGGCCGAAGUCGGUUUUCAUGGCGACAUCCAUAGCCCAAAGCCGGAGACGAAGACCCAGAUGGAUCGGAUUGUCGCAUUCUGCAACAAGACACCUGGCUUGCAGUUGCCCGAUUCUGCCGACCUUGCGAUGCCAACCUUUACCAACGCCGGCGACGGGGAACCCAUCGGCCCCGGCAACGGUGCGAUGCACGAGAUAACCAUGCGAGCUGUAUUUGUGCAGCAAUGUGACUGGUAUGGCACCUUCUUGGCAGUGGAAGCCGCUCGUCUGGAUGGUGCGCACGACACCAAGGUCGCGGUGGCAUUCGGCCCCGACAAGUGUUCUCCUCCAACAUUGAUGCGCCAGCUGGGAUCCAGAUUAGUCCAUUUCGCAGACCUACCUCUCAAAAAAGAGCUACCACCUGCAGAGCCUGUUGCAAAUAGAGAAACGUCAGAGCACGUGAGAGAGUCGCAGCCGGGGGUCGAACACUCGCAGCAACAACCGCAACCGCAACCGCAACCUCAACAGUACACCGCUAGCCAUGGCAAAGCCGAUAAGAACGCCAUUGCCGUGGUAGGAAUGUCCAUCAAGGUCGCUGGAGCUGACGACCUGGACGAGUUCUCGCAAAUGCUGCGGACCGGCAAGUCGCAACAUGAGCUCAUCACGUCAGACAAGAUGGCGUUCAAUGACUCUCUGUUCCGAGACAAGGACGAGCGCCAAUGGUACGCCAACUUCAUGCGUGAUCGCGACGCCUUCGAUCACAAGUUCUUCAAGCGGAGCCCGCGUGAGUCUGCAUCAAUGGACCCACAACAACGACUAUUGCUGCAGUCCGCAUACCAAGCUGUCGAACAGGCUGGUUAUUUCACCGAGGCUGCGCGAAGCAGCCGCAACAACGACAGUGACUGGAGAGAUAACCAGCAACAGCAUGUUGGUGUCUACAUCGGCACUCCCGCCGUAGAUUACGAGCACAACGUCGCGGGCCACGCACCUAACGCGUUUACAGCGACUGGUAACCUGCAGAGUUUCCUCGCUGGCCGGGUAGCGCACUGGUUCGGCUGGACGGGGCCGGCUCUGACCUUGGAUACGGCUUGUUCUUCCUCGGCCGUGGCCAUCCAUUCGGCCUGUCGAGACCUGCUUUCAGGCGAAUGUAACGCCGCGUUGGCAGGUGGCGUGGCCUUGUGUACGAAUCCAACCUGGUUCCAGAACCUGGCCGCUGCCAGCUUCCUCAGCCCGACUGGGCAGUGCAAACCGUUCGACCAUAAGGCCGACGGCUUCUGCCGCGCUGAGGGCAGUGUUGUUGUUUUCCUCAAGAGAAUGGCAGAUGCCGUGGCCGAUGGAAACCCUAUCCUGGGCACUAUUGCCAGUUCCGCCGUGUAUCAGAAUCAAAAUAGUACGCCUAUGUUUGUUCCCAAUUCGCCAUCCCUCUCUCAACUCUUCAGAGAUGUUCUGAAACGUGCGGAUGUGCCUCCCGGUGAUAUAUCGCUGGUAGAGGCGCAUGGGACAGGCACACCUGUUGGCGACCCCGCAGAGUAUGCGAGUAUCAGGGACGUAAUGGGUGGUCGCGAGCUUCGGUCUAAGCCUCUGCCCAUUGGUUCAGUGAAAGGGCAUGUAGGGCAUGCCGAAGGCGCCUCAGGGGUCGUAUCGCUGAUCAAAGUGUUGAUGAUGAUGCGCGAGAACUUUAUCCCGCCGCAGGCCAGCUUUUCAAAAAUGAACCCAGCCAUCAAAGCUUCACCGUCUGACAUGGUCGAAGUUGUCACUUCCCUUCGCCCCUGGAGCGAUAACCGAUACGACGACAAGAAGGCCCUGAUUAACAAUUAUGGUGCCUGCGGGUCAAACGCGGCCAUGGUUGUGACACACACUGGAUAUCAAAGCUCCACGAGAUUCCCGGAAGAGUCGCAAAAUCAACGCCUUCCAUUUCGCAUCACCGGUCUCGACGCACGCAGCAUCAGAGCUUACGCUGCCAAGUUGGCCUCCUUCGUCAAAUACCAAGUCCAAUCCAAGCAGAAGGUGACGCUGGCAGACCUUUCGUUCAACAUAAAUCGAUAUUGCAACCCUGCACUCAGUCAAAGCCUUGUUUUCAGUUCCAGCUCUUUGGCCGAGCUGCAGGACACGAUCUCCCACAUCGCCGCUGCAGACGCUGCAGCCCCAGCUAUCGAGCCCAGCAAGCCUGAACGGCCCGUAAUCCUCUGCUUCGGGGGCCAGGUUUCAACAUUUGUUGGUCUGGACCGCAAUCUCUACGAAAGUGUCGCCCUGCUGCGAAAGCACCUUGAUGAUGUUGAUGCCACUAUGCAGGCGUUGCCUUUCGGGCUGGGCAGCAUCUACCCGGAAAUUUUCUCCCGCUCACCUUGUGAGGAUCCGGUUCGCUUGCAGACAAUGUUGUUUGCCAUGCAGUACGCAUGUGCCAUGACGUGGUUGGACUGCGGGCUUUCCGGCAACGUCGCUGCCGUCGUGGGCCACAGCUUCGGCGAACUCACAACACUGUGUGUCUCGGGCGCGUUGAGCCUCCAAGACGCUUCUCGAAUGAUAGCUAGACGAGCACAGCUGAUACGUGACCGAUGGGGCUCGGACCCAGGUGCCAUGAUGGCCGUUGAGGCCGACCAAUCGCUCGUGAGAGAACUCGUGGCCGAGGCUAGCCGCAGUGGUGCUCCCGUCGACAUUGCUUGCUACAACGGUCCUCGCAGCUUCACUCUGUCGGGGUCGACGCAGGCGAUCAACGUAGUCGGAGACACAAUAGCUCGCGGCGGCAAGUUCUCAGGCAUCAAGAGUAAAAAGCUCAAUGUCACCAAUGCCUCGCAUUCGUCGUUGGUCGACCCACUGUUAGACGGGCUGGCGGAAAUUGGAAAGGAUUUGAUGUUCAAAAGGCCCUCUAUCCCCUUGGAGCGAGCUACCGAGACCAGAUUGGCCGACGGCGGCCUGACGCCCAGCUUUAUGUCCGACCACAUGAGGAACACCGUCUUUUUCAGCCAGGCGAUCAACCGCCUGGCGGAGAAGUACCCUUCGGCUGUCUUCUUGGAAGCAGGAUCAAGCUCAACUAUUACCGUCAUGGCAAGCCGCGCGCUGGCGGCCAGUGGCGGGAGCUCGAGCUACUUCCAGGCCAUCAACAUUACCAAUGACAAGGGACUGCAUAACAUGACUGACGCAACUGCCUCCCUGUGGAAGCAAGGAGUGCGCGUGUCCUUUUGGGCACACAAUGCACGUCAGACAGACGAGUAUGAAACUCUGCUGCUGCCACCAUAUCAGUUCGAGAAGUCACGCCACUGGAUGGAAAUGAAGUCUCCUGCUGAUGCCCUCAACAAGGCUCUCAAGAGUAUAACCCAGAGCAACGCGCAGCAGCGAGGGAACGAAAGUCACGAAGUAAGCGCCAAGGAUUUGGGUCUGUGGUCGUUCAUCGGGUACCAGGACGAGGACGGAAAAGACCGCAACAAGGGCAAAAAGGACGGCGGCAAGGACAAGCCCAGGCGUCCCCGGUUCCGCAUCAACACAGACUCAGACAAGUACAACAAAUUCUUCUCCGGCCAUGUUAUCGCCCAGACAGCACCCAUCUGUCCCGGGACGCUUCAGGUAGACAUGGCCAUCGAAGCCCUCUUCAGCAUACACCCGGAGUGGAAGAAGGAUGGUUUGCAGCCCAUAGUGCAAGAUAUGGUGAACCACAAUCCUUUGUGUGCGGACCCAUCGCGUGUCGUCUGGCUAGACUACAAAUCCCUCAAUCCCGAACAGACGCAGUGGGAAUGGAAUAUCUCUAGUACAAGCCGAGACUCCGACAACCGCAGCAACGACCAGCAGAUGUACGUUGCGGGGCGUCUACGCGUGCAAUCCCCCAAAGACCCGGCUUACGUGGCCGAGUUCUCGCGCUUUGAACGCCUCGUCAGCCAUUCCAUGUGCACCACACUGCUUUCAGCACCGGGACGGCACGACGGUAGCGAGAGCGACCUGGAAAUCCUGCAGGGACGCAACGUCUACCGGACGUUCAGCGAGGUCGUCGACUACGCCGACAUGUACCGUGGAGUUCAGACAGUCGUGGGCCGCAACUCAACCAACGAGUGCGCUGGUCGCGUCACAGGGCGUCAUGCUGGCGAGACGUGGGUUGAUGUGUUGCUUGAUGACAGCUUCAGUCAAGUUGGAGGCUUUUAUGUCAAUUGUAUGACCGACACCGACUCGGAUGACAUGUUUAUCGCCAAUGGCAUCGAGCUGUGCAUGCGUUCCCCGCGCGGCAUCAUCAACGACACUGGUAAUACGCAGAAUACGUGGCACGUCUAUGGGAGAAACACGCCCCAGUCCACCACCGGCUACCUCAGUGAUGUUUUCGUCUUUGACUCCGCAACAGGCGAUUUGGCUGAGGUCUUCUUGGGGAUCCAGUACUCCCGAAUGCCUAAGACGGUGAUGGGCCGCCUGUUGACGAUGCUCACCAAGGACAAGUCAGUACUGAAGGGCGGCGCCAAUCUUCAGGCCGUUGCCCCGGUUCAGAAGACCACCACGAGCUCUGGCCCGGGCCCCACUGAAUCGUCUCCCCGAAAUGCGAAUGUGAGCGAGCAGGGACAGAAGCCAGCCAAGAGAAAGACCAAGCAAAAGGCUCAGAAGAAGCCUUCGUCUUCUCCACGGCGAGCGGACCUUACAACUGAGGUCAUGAAGUUAGUAGCACUCGUCGCAGGUAUGGAAGCCAGCGAGCUCACAGUGGAUACCGAGGUGGCGGACGUUGGAAUUGACUCUCUUAUGGGAAUGGAGCUUGCUCGCGAGGUCGAGAGCGAGUUCAAGUGCAGUGUAGAUCAGGCGACGUUGCUAGAAGCCACCAACGUGCGGCAGCUCGUUGGCUACAUCUCCACCAUCCUGCCUGGGUCCUACGAAGGGGAUGCUUCUGCCACUAGCAGUGCAAGCGACGAGUCCUCUGGGCAGGACGACGAGACUUCUUGCGAUGAGGAUACGCUGUCUAAAUCGGAUUUCCAGCCGGACUCGGGCAUCGCCACCCCAGACUCAACGGAGCAGUCUGCAGGCCUCUUCCAAGAUCUGAAGCUCUCCAGCACGGACAUCUUGGACGCCUUUGGAGAGGUAAAGCUGAGUUCGGACAAGCGGCUCCGCGACGCCAAGACUGACAAUUUCGACCGCGUUGUCUUCCCUGCCACAAGCCGCCUAUGCGUGACUCUCAUCGUCGAGGCGUUCGAGAAGCUUGGCUGCCCGCUUGGUUCCGCCGCCGCGGGUGAAGUCCUUAGUCGCGUGCCCUACCUGCCCGAGUAUGAGCGGCUGGUGGCCUGGCUAUAUCGAUUCUUAGAGCAAGAUGCGCGGCUCAUCAAGGUGGACCCCAGCAGUGGACAGAUCAUAAGGACAGCAGUCGCAGUCUCUGACAAGUCGAGCGACGCCGAUUUGGCGGAAUUUAGCGAGGCACAUCCCGACUGGGCUGUGACUGCCAGGCUUAUCCACCAUGCAGGCAAGCCGUUGGCAAGUAUUCUAUCCGGCGAGACAGAUGGUAUCCGUAUCCUGUUCGGCUCGGCAGAGGGUCGUGAGCUGAUGGCAGCUCAUUAUCGAAAGAACCCACACGCCGCGAUGCUGGGAGAACAAAUGCGCGAUACGCUUGGCCUCCUGGCAAACAAGAUCCGGGGGGAAGAAGCCGGAACACUAAAGAUUCUAGAGAUGGGCGCAGGCACAGGAGGCACGACCCACAUCCUAGUGCCGUAUCUGGCCUCGCUGGGGAUCGCGGUCGAAUACACCUUUACAGACCUAUCGUCUUCCAUGGUAGCUCAGGCGCGCCGUACACUAGGCAAAGAGUAUCCGUUCAUGCGAUUUGCCGUGCACGACAUAGAAAAAGAACCAGCGGAAGAACUGCAUGGGCAACACAUUAUCAUCGCCAGCAACGCUAUCCACGCGACACACAACUUGUCCGCAUCCGUUACCAACGUGCGCCAGGCCUUGCGUCCCGAUGGAUUCCUGAUGAUGCUAGAACAGACCGAAGACAUUCCACUCAGUAACCUGAUCUUUGGACUCUUUGAGGGCUGGUGGCUCUUCGACGAUGGCCGCACCCAUGCUGUUGUCCAGACCCCAGACUGGGAGCGUACCUUGCAUCAAGCCGGCUACGGCCAUGUCGACUGGACGGACGGCCACUUGCCCGAGAACAGCCUUCAAAGAAUCAUAAUCGCCUUGGCCAGCGGACCACCGUUGGAACGACUGCCGAUUCCGGAAUCACGGCCUGAAGGCCCCCAGCAAUCAAAACGAGAUCUCGCAACACGGGAGGCCGAGGCUGAGCGAUAUGUGACCAGAUAUACAGCAGACUGGGCCGUGCCAUCUUUGGCUGUUUCGAAGUCUGGAAAGAAAGCAGAGAUAGACAAACACGAUUGCGUUGUGCUUGUGACAGGUACCACAGGAAGCCUAGGGUCGCAUCUGGCAGCCUCCCUCGCAGAGCACCCGGACGUGGCAACGGUAGUCUGCGUCAACCGUCGCAGCAGUGCAGCAUCGGUCGAGACCCGGCAGGAUGACGCGUUUUCCAGGCGCGGCAUCUCGCUGUCACCCGAAGCUCGCAGCAAGCUCCGCGUCCUCGAGACCGACACUUCUAGGCCACAGCUCGGCCUACCCGAGGCCGAGUACGACUGGCUAGUGCAACACGGUACUCACAUUAUCCACAAUGCAUGGCCCAUGAGCGGCACGCGUGCCUUGCCUGGCUUCGAACCACAGUUCCAGGCGAUGCGCAACCUCCUGGGCCUAGCGCGUGACAUGGCCCUGUCAGUCGGGGAUGGCGGACGACGCGUCGGCUUUCAGCUUGUCACGUCCAUCGGUGUGGUCGGCCACGCGGGACAGGGAUAUGUGAGCGAGCAAAGGGUGACGAUAUCCGCGGUUUUACCCACCGGUUAUUGCGAGGGGAAGUGGAUCUGUGAGCGCAUGCUCGACGAGACAUUGCACAAACACCCAGCCUUGUUCCGCCCCAUGGUCGUCCGCCCGGGUCAGAUCGCUGGCUCAACGACAAGCGGGUUCUGGAACCCAGUUGAGCAUUUCGCUUUCCUGGUCAAGUCCGCACAGUCGGUAGGGUCGUUCCCCGCCUUGGCCGGGGUGCAGCAGUGGGUGCCCGUCGACAAAGCCGCCGCCAUCAUGGCGGAGCUGCUGCACGUCGGCAACGAGGCAAAUGCGCCCUCGGCGUCUCCCGUGUAUCAUAUUGACAACCCUGUCGGACAGACAUGGUAUGACACGGUGAAUGUCCUGGCACGGGCGCUUGGUAUUCCUCCUCAAGGCGUGGUGCCGUUUCGUACCUGGCUUCGACGCGUCUCCCAUUCGCCACUGAGGGAGGCGGAGAACCCGGUGGGAGCCCAACCUAUGCUCUUCGACUUUCUCGAUCGCAACUUUGAGAGAAUGUCUUGUGGCGGGUUGAUUCUGGACACUACCCAGACCCAGCUGCAUUCUAAGACCAUGGCUGCACUUGGGCCGGUAAGCGCCAAGGUUGUGGAGAAAUAUGUAGAGAGCUGGAAGCAGAUUGGAUUUCUUAGUCCAUGA